UUUGUAUGCUCAUCAUUUUAUCUUCUUCCCUAACACAUAUUCGCCGCUUGCAACAAUGGCAGAAUGUCUCAAGACUCUUCUAUCUGUGCCUUCUGCACCAUCUUUCAUCUAUCUUCAUCAUCCGCACCAUUCGUCUCUCUCCCUUCCCUUGCCAUACAGCCAAAAACAUUUAGUCAAGAUUGAUACGAUUGAACAUCGUACCCCUCGACUACUGCUUAAUGGGAUCUUACUUCGGUUAAUCGGCGGAGAUACGGAUGUGGGUGAGGCCAGAACCUGGGAUGAGUUCAGUCUGAGACUCAAACGAUGGUGGAGUGACAAGGUGUAUUUGGCCGAGGGAAAGAGUAAGGGCAAACAGACGGAAACAUAUGCGAAAGAUGAGGCACAGGAAAGGAGCCUGGUACUGGUCAUCACACAUGCGGAGAGACUGAAAACAGUCAUGGGAAAUAACUGGCCUGUGAUCGUUCGACUAGCCGAGCUUACUGGUGUGCGGAGUACAGUCGUACUUGCCUCUUCAGUACCCUGGGACUAUGUACGUCCUCCUCGAGCUGAUGCUCCAGAACCUCUGCAUGUCUAUCUUCCUUCUCCUUCGCGCGAUGAAAUCAGAACGGCGCUCCUUCCAGCCUCCGCUCAUCCUCUCUAUCCUCGGUUCCUUGAUCUUCUCCUGUCAACAAUUUUACCCCUUGUGACUCCUCCCAUUGAAGAACUCCAUUACUUAUCUAAAUCGCUCUGGCCGCUGUACACAUCUACUCUCCCCCCGCAUUACGAGAUGACCCAUCUCGGUCUUCCAUAUCCUGAUCCCGCCAAACCUCCCCCAAAAUUGGCAGUUGAUGUCAAGCUCUUCACUACCCUUCAGCAUCACAUCACUCUCCCCUUAGCUUCAGCUGUAGAGUCACUUCUACCAAGGCAAAUCGGCCACCUGGAAUUCGUAUCUGCCCUUCGUCCUCAUCCUGGUAAAGAGAGGGCGUUACCUAAGCUUCCUGAACGCCCUUUACCCCUUGCUGCGAGACUUUUACUCAUUGCAGCUUACUGUGCUAGUUACAACCCGUCCAAAACAGACUCGAGGCUCUUUGGGAGAGGAUAUUCUGCAAAUGGGAAGAGGAAAAAAGGUGGUGGAAUGAGACGGACCGGGUACGGUAAAGUCCGAAUGGGCAAAGUUCCGCAAAGACUCCUUGGCCCUAAACCUUUCCCUGUCGACCGCCUUCUUUCUCUUUUCUUUGCGAUUUACGCGGAACAUGCACCUCGUCCUGCUGAACUGGAGCACCUCGAGGAGUCCUCCUCGGACGAUGAGUCAGUACCCCUAACCUGGCCGCCAACGAUAGCUACAGAUAACGGAAAACGAGAUCGUAAACGCAAGAGAGAAAGAGAACAGGAACAGGCCUGGGACGAUGAAGUGGAGUGGUUGAUGGGUAGUACAAAGUUUUGGGGGAUGUUACCUGAGCUAGAAUCCCAAGGUUUGUUGAAAAGAGUGUCUCCACCUGAUAGGCUGGACAAUAUCAUGCUCCGUUGUGAAAUUGAUUAUGAGAUGGCCAAAAAUUUAGCGAAAGAUUCCAAGCUGGGUUUCACCCUCGAUGACUAUCUCUACGAAGCGAUCAUGUAAUUGAUCAACCCCAUUAUGCAUUUCCACUUCUUGCUU